AUGAGCGGCGACGAGCCUCCUCCGCCUGGCGCGCCCACCCCUCCCCAAGAGGAACAGCCCAAUGGCGCGUAUGCCAACUAUCUCCCCCACGACCUAAAGUACAGCGCCGACUUCGAGGAUGCGGUAAUGCAGGUUGUGCUCAGUCCGCCUCAGCAAUCCGACGGCAUCCGCAUUAUUCCCGAAGACAGCAGUGAGAUUCCAGUCGAAGGUAUCUCUGUCAAAGCAGACGCUAUCUCGUUGCAGAGUCUACCACAGAUUCUGGAGGAGGAACUACCUCUACCACUUGACGAUCCCCGCAGAAUCUUCGCCAGUCGAAUACCCGGAGUCAAGCUCACGCACCCAGGCGGUUAUUUCGAAGGCGGUCCAGGACUGGACCCAACUCUUGACAACUUCCCCGAGCACUUCUUCAGCAACAAUUCUUCCGCUGUCAACUCUGCAACGCUGCGAGCUGCCGUGGACAAGGAAGUCGAUUCACAUUACGAAGAGCUUCAUGCACGGCUCAAGCAACGACGGAGAGCGAAGGAGAAGAACGAGCAGAUUGAGCGGGAGCUUAGGAAUAUGCGCGAGGAGCACAGUAUGGAGCUGAAGGUCAACCGUAAAUUGGCGGAAGAGCGGCGCGCGAAGAAGGAAGCCAAGGAGAAGAGGAGACGAGAGCGAGAGACAGGCUAG